GAUUCUUCUGUACUCGGUCACCUAUCUGGCUUAACACAGUGUCCAUCGUUGACGGAGGAUGCCUCGCAUGAACGAUGGUUCACUAUUUUACUUGGAAGCAGCGUACUUAGUUUGCCUCGUUAUGGGAAAAACCACGAGGCUCAAAUCAGCUCUUUAUGGGAAUCACUUUAAAACGGAUUUGAGAAAACUGUACGCGCUGGCUUCAAAAUCACUACAGUCGGGUGCCCUUCUAAACGCAGUUAUUGACCAUUGUGGCUUGUUGGAAAAGGAGAAUCCUGCGCAUUUGAUCGUUCACAAUAUUUCUAACGAUUCUUAUGGCUGUAAGCGAUGUUUCUUGGUGGUACUAUCCUACGACUUGCUGAUGGGUUGCCAACAUUCAGCAUAUGACUUGGUCUCACUUGAACUGACAAAAAUAACAGGAGACCGGACUACUGCACAGAAGUUGCGUCAAAGCUAUGAGGCAAUUUGUAAACAGAACCCACAAAACCUCACGACCACGGCCACCGGAUUCUCUCUGCCUUGUUACGCAAGAGUCAAUCAACUCUGUGCAUCUCUGGAUUGUGUCCUACAAGAACUGUCUACUCAUGGGUUCAAGCAGCUACUUUACAACCGAGAGAACAUUUCUUAUCGUCGUUUCUUGAAGAAAGUGAAAAAGUUGGAGGGUAAUCAGUUCAUGCUGGAUUACCAUUUGCCCCACGUUCUGCUUGUCUUCCCGCCAGGAUUAUGCUUGCACAAACUCCCACCAUCCGUCUCUGGUAAUCUGAUUAUUCAAGACAAGGCCAGUUGCAUUGCUACGGAGGUCCUGAGACCUCUUGCAGGUGCAGAUGUUCUGGACGCGUGUGCCGCACCGGGGAACAAAACGUUGCAUCUGGUGGCCGCUAUGUCUCCAGACUCCACGUUGUUUGCUGUCGACUGGGAUCCCACCAGGUUCCGACUCUUGUGCGAACAUUUAUCGGCUUCCGGAGUGCAGUAUCUUAUCACCUCGGGACCUCUUAACUCUUCUUCUAUUCACUUGGAGAGCUCCACGGAAAACACACGCACACAACCAACAGUCGAGGCAUUAUGUGAAGAUUUCCUGUCCCUGAAUCCUCAUGAUCCGAAAUUCUCUCGCGUGAAAUACAUCCUAUUGGAUCCCUCGUGUUCCGGUACCGGCUUGUAUGGACGACAGCCUGAUGUAACCAGACCUCUGAAUUCGCCCACUACUGACCAGUCUCGGCGUUAUGACCUAGUUGACGAACACGAAGCCGAGCGCCUCCAACGAUUGUCGAACUUACAGGCAAAAUUACUAAGACAUGCACUGUCUUUUCCUAAUCUCGAACGGGUGGUUUACUCAACUUGCUCAAUUCACUCUGAAGAAAAUGAGACCGUGGUAUCCGAGUCUGUUGAGCGUGAGGCAGGGAAAUUCCAACUUGAGCGCAUUUGGAUGGAUCCUCCGUCCGAAAGUGGCGGAUGCAACAAGCCAUUUUGGCCUCAUCGAGGAUUUUCCGACUUUGGAUGUGAACCUUGCAUUCGUGCCUCACCGGAGGAGGAUCUCACAAACGGUUUCUUCAUUGCCAGUUUCAAGCGCGUAUUUCAAUCUGAUCUAUCAGAAUCGGCUGAGACAAAGACGAAACGAAGGAACUCGCAAGAUAGUAUAGAUGGAGUUUGUAUGAAGAAGCCUAAAAUUGCCACUUGAACAUAUGUACAAACCUUUUGAAAAUAACAUAUAUUUUCCACUUUUCGACUUUUU